UAGUACUCAUGGGUAUCAGAAAGUGGCACAUCAACUUUCGGUUACACAGGAACACUACCUGCAGCCCUGACAAUUCCGAAACACCACGCCCGGAAGUUAACUUGACAGCAGAAGUAAAUUUCGGCUGCUUGUAUAUUUCAAACGUUUGCGAUUUUCCCGCAGGUCCUGAUAACGUUCCCAGCACUAAUCGGACUAAACUGCGCCGGUCGGGUCUCACUUUAUAGCUGAAAAGUGCAGAAUUUUUGUUAUUCAGAUUGUGUACUCUCGCUAGAUGGAAUACUUCAGCAUAACGUUGAUAUAAGUUCAAUACUUAAAGAAAAUGACAAUUCAUAUUUGAUUUUUGUAACUACGUGUUCUAUUUUUAUGUAGCUAGCCCAACCCCCUUAGUUUCCUGGCACCACUUUUAAAAAAGGCUAUGGAGCCCUGUGUGAGGAUUGGGUUUUAUUUUUGGAACAGUCUGGGAUGCGAUAGCCUUGUUAGGUCUGCAACAACGUAUCCACACCAAGAUUGCAUGAGUCGAGGGAACACAAGGUAGGGGGUCACCACCGCCUCCGGGGAAAAAAACGUAAUAAUGCGCGGCAGACCCCCUGAGAAACUCAAGUGUAGGGCCCGGCUGAUAAAGUAGCUGAGUUUUACUGGGGAGGCCGAAAGGCUAAAGAAAGAGGGCGGGGAGUAGCGCCCGGAGAAACAACCCGGUCUUCAGCGCAAAUGUCUCUAAAUUUGGGCUCACAAGUGGCAAGAGCACUUUAAUGUGUGAAGUUCAGAAACCAGAACGCAUUGCAUCAGUAAGCCUAACAAGUCAACGGGACAUAUAUAUUUUACUAUGCCACUUAACAGUUUUUUAAAAUAGUACUCAAGACGUAUUUUCAAGUUAUACUACAGUGCUGAUGGCAUCAUUUUAAUGCUAUAUAUAAACCUUUAUUUUUUUAUGGUUUAAGUUACAGCUUCUGCCGCUUAUUAGUAUUUUGACAUGAUGUGUACAUUUACUGUAUUAAUAUUUGCGGUCUACGUCUAGAAAAAGGAGUCUGAUAUUUUAAUUUUUUUGUAUUUCAAAAUAAGGGCUCUGUUUCCUGUAUUCGCGGUUUGGCAUGAGCGGUGGCAGAUUUGACUUCGAUGACGGCGGAGUGUAUUGUGGGGGGUGGGAGGGGGGCAAAGCCCACGGCCAGGGCAUUUGCACUGGCCCAAAAGGACAAGGAGAAUAUGCGGGCUCCUGGAACUACGGCUUCGAAGUUGUGGGGGUCUACACCUGGCCAAGCGGUAAUACUUACGAAGGUUACUGGUCGCAGGGCAAGCGUCAUGGGCUAGGAGUGGAGAGCAAAGGAAGGUGGGUGUAUAAAGGAGAAUGGAGCCAUGGCUUUAAAGGACGAUAUGGGACACGGCAAAGCGUAAACAGCGGGGCGAAAUACGAAGGUACCUGGAAUAACGGACUGCAAGACGGAUACGGCACUGAAACAUACGCAGACGGAGGUACCUACCAGGGUCAGUUCACAAAUGGCAUGCGCCAUGGCUAUGGAGUGCGACAGAGUGUCCCAUAUGGCAUGGCAGCACUUGCCCGCUCCCCUCUCCGUACCUCACUUACAUCUCUGCGCAGUGAACAUAGUAAUGGAACCCUGUUACAGCAAGAUGCCCUUGGCCCAAACCAGGAAAGCUUUGGUACAGCUACAAUCACACGUGGUGGUUUUGCACUCAGUCUCCAUUGUGAUCCAGACUCUAUCAAAUCAAAGAAAAAAGGACUCUUUAGAAGGGGUUCCAUUUUAGGGAAAUUAACAAAAUCAGAAUCUAAAACUUCUCUUUCUAGCCAGAAGAGUAAACUAAGUUUUAUAAAGAGUGAAACCGGGUUGAGCUCUGCUGCUAGUGAUGCUAAUUCCAUGGCAAGCUACGGGGAUGGUACAGAAGGAGGAGAAUAUCCACCUGUUGAAGCUGACAUCGAUGCCACCACAACUGAAACAUAUAUGGGCGAAUGGAAGAAUGAUAAACGUUCAGGUUUUGGCAUCAGUGAAAGAUCAAGUGGGCUGAAAUAUGAGGGUGAGUGGCUAGACAAUCUCAGACAUGGCUAUGGAUGCACUACAUUACCUGAUGGCCAAAAGGAGGAAGGAAAGUACAGAAACAAUGUUUUGAUUAAAGGCAUGAAGAAGCGAGUGAUUCCUCUUAAGAGUGCCAAAAUAAGGCAGAAGGUCGACAGAAGUAUUGAAGGAGCACAGAGAGCAGCUGCAAUUGCAAAACAAAAAUCUGAGAUUGCAGCCUCCAGGACCACUCAUGCAAAGACAAAAGCAGAAGCAGCUGACCAAGCUUCUGAAGGAGCCAGGAAUGAAUCUAACAUUGCCAGGACCCUUGCAAGAGAACUAUCACCAGAUUUUAUCCAGCCAGGUCUUGAAUAUCAGAAGAGAAAAGUGUUUCAAGAGAUAAUAGAAAAUGUACAGAAAAUAGAGACUACACAGCAAGAGGCUUCUCCUACUGGAGAAGCACCACCCACACCAUCAGAGGGUCCAGAGGCACAUGAGAAGGCAUCUGCCUCAAAAAAUACAACUCCUGCUCGAACUCCUUCAGCAAGCCCUGCUGGCACACCACCAGAAGCAAAACGAUUAAAACAGACUGUUAAAAAAGAUACUUCAUUUCUUAACCCUGGUACCUGGAGUGGAGAGCACUCGGGUAGUAGGUCAAACACACCGGCUCAUUCACUAACUGUGCAAGCAGGUGACAAGUCAGCUUUAAACAGUAAAUCGUCUUUUUCCCAACUUCCUAGCCGACAGAGUCAUAGAAGGACUCCUGUUGAUCAAAACAGCAACUAUGAAAUGCAGAUUAAACCUCUUCAAAGGAUAGAUAAAGGUAAAGAGCCUUCUAAUGAAUUGCAUGGAGAAUAUCAUUUAAGCUAUCAUAGUUACCCAGUAAGUACUACAGUAUUGCCUCCACCUGCAGAUUUUGAAGACCCAUCCACUGCUGUAGUGAAGGUGUCAGUAAAAUCAGCUACUUCAGAGCCAAAGAUGGAUGUAAAGGCCAAAGUCAAAACCAGUGAAUCCAAAUAUGCAGUCACUGAGAAGGAGACAAGUCCGCGCAUUGAAUAUGAACAACAAGGCAGACCAGAACCUAAGCAGAAGUUAAUUUCUGAAACAAAGCAUGAGCCUAAGGUGGAAGCCAAGCCUGAGCAAAAGCCAGAGACAAAACCACAGCCAAAGCUAGAACGUAAAACUGAAACUAGAGCAGAACGAAAGUCAGAGUCCAAGUCUGAACCUAAAGCUGAAACAAAGACAGAGCGCAAGGCUGAGCUAAGGGUGGUCCGCAAACAUGAACCCAAGCCCAUUUCCAAAAAAUUAUCUCAAGUAACUGGGAAAGAAAUGGUUGAAACUGAACAGGGACCCAAUACAAUCCUGAUAUUUAUGGUCAUUCUGCUGAACAUUGGCAUGGCUGUUCUGUUUGUUCAUUUUCUGACAUGAGUUACAACUUCCAAGGAACACAGUGCUGCAGAUAGCAUUCUCUACAGUGUUGGGAGCAGCCCAUUUUGUGCCCCUCGGAUCAUCAACAAACAUUCAUGCAGGCAGCUGGCAGCAAGCUGAAGAAUUGUCACAUGAUUAAGAAUUAGGAGGCAACUAAAAGAUCAUCAUAGUGGCAGUGUUAUGCUUCACUGCUCAUGGUCUCUGGCCAGUCUCUUCCACCAACAAGAUUACUUGAAAUCUUACAAGCAUUGUACAUGUUUUUAAUAUGCAAACUUGAAGCUGCCUUACUGUAAUUUAACCAAAGUUUCUACAGUACUGGACUGCAGGGAAAAACAAACAAUGUUAUGAGUGCACAAAUAAUGUAAGAAGCCAAUGCUCCCCAAAAGUGAGAGUGAUAAUGAAUUUAUUUUACAUUGCAGAAUAAUUGACAAGUCCUGAACUCACUGAACAGGAAUGAUUACAGUUCUAGGAAAAAAUGCCAGAGUGCAUUAAGAGGACAGUGAAUGAUAUUUUUGUGCAGAGGUGUUCAAAAUCAAGACCAACAUAGGGAAUUGCUGUUUGCAAAUCCAUGUAUUAUAGUCAUGACCCUUAAUUUGUUUCAUUUCACUCUCAUGUCCUGUAUGUAGCAGGGCAUCUAGGAUUCUUUUGCAGCACUUAAUAAUUUCCAUGAACAAGUUUAUUAAUUUGGCUUACAGAAUGCACUCGUGUUGGCAAACGGGGACAAAGGAUGAUUUAAAUCAAUAGCACUGGUGUAAAUGCCAUUAAAAAAUGUUCACAAUGAAAUUUGCACAAAGCUUAGUUAUUUUUCUGUAGGGGUGAUCUACCCUAACUCAGGCAGAGUCUUUACCUCUAUUUCCUUAUUUAAUAUAACCAGCUCUAAAGUUACUGCAUCUUGGGGGGGGGGGUCCUCACUUACAGCACAAUUGCUUAUGUAUAAACACCUGAUUUCAAACAGGUGUGCUUUCUCAUACUUUUUUCCUCAAUCUGCAGACCCAAUACAAGAAAGCAAAUAAAUGGUUAAUAAAAACAUCAAGGGUGAGAGAAAAAACAAACUGCAGUGAAAAAAAAACAGACAUUUUGAUAAAAGUAACAGUAUUUCUACAGCAUUAGAAUGCAUUUUUAUCACAGUACCAAAUUGUGGGGAAAAAAAUCAUCCACUGAAAAUUCAUUGAAGUUUUGUGGCCUUUUAUGUAAUAUUCAUUUGUGAUUUACAUUAUAUACAUCACUUAUUCCCUUGAAGUUCUUUAUUAGAUUGCUCAUUUGGAUAAAAAAUGUGAUGGCCAAGACACUGAAUUUCAGUGGCUUGUGUGGCAGAAAUUAUUUAGAGUUAAGGUCACUGUUUUUCUGAUAUACUGUUCUAGUAUUAGAGAGAGAGAAAAAUUUACUGCAAGUUAUAAUGUCCUUGAUGCAUAGGUUUGGUCAAGCAAUGGGUAAAUGAUACUGCUUAUAUUUGGCGGGCUGUGUGCAAAGCUUCAUGGGUAAGAUGAACUGCAGAUGUGUUACAUCCCAUAUACUGUAAUUUGGUUCAUUGCGAGUGCUUCAACUCGCAUCCCAUAUCAGUGUUCUGUACAUAAACCCAAGUCAAAGUUUUCCCAUAUUCUUACAAAAUAGUCACCUGUAUGUAUUUUGUCUUACUUAGUUAAAAAUUAGCAAAUAAUGAUAUGAACUAAUAUGGUGAAAUGUCAUGAUUGUUGAAUUUUUUUUUUUUUUUUUUUUUUUUUUUUUUUUGAGGUUUGCAGUGCUUUGUUUUAUUUCCUGUGUGGGGAACACUUAAAAUGUUUCCUUGUUUCAGGCACACACUACUUGUUUCUAGAGGAUUAUUUCUCAGGGUCCUGAUUUGUAGGAAGUUCUUGAUGGUAUUUUUUUUAGAACACCUUUGCGGAUGAAAGUCUAGAAUUUUUAGGCUAUUAUCACUGUCCAUAUCAGUAUAUAAAGAGCUUAUUUGUGAUAGAAUUAAAGCUUGCUUUAUGUCAAGUGUCUGUAGAUGACAGCAUAUUUAAAAAGAAUAUGUCUGAAUUUUUAAGUUUGUUACUACUGAAAUAAUAAGUAAUUUAUUCUUAAUAAGAGAUUAACAUCUCAAGGCAUGAGUGGAAUUGUAUUUAGAAAUAUGGUUACCAGUAUUUAUCUUUUUGCAUGUGGGCUUUUUAAAUGCUGUGUACUAUGUACAUACACUUAAAAUGGAUCACCUUUCUGUAGCCUUUAUUGGCUGUUACCAUUUGCACCGCUGUGGCAGUCACUGUGUUACCAUUUGCACCGCUGUGGCAGUCACUGUGUUACCAUUUGCACCCCUGUGGCAGUCACCGUCUUCUGCUUGAGAAACAAAGUUUUUUUUAUUUGUAAUCUCCUGUUCAGUCAGAGGUGGAUAUUUCUAGCCUACACAAGUGGGUGGCACAUAUAAAGACUAGUAGAAAUGUUAUCUUCUGUCUAUGUUGAUGCGGACGUCAAUAACUGAAGACUGUAGGUCACAUAUUGCAGUUAGAUUAAAUACUGUCUAGACAGUAUUGUACAGUACUGUUUUGUGUUUCUUGCAGAUGUCAGAUCAGAUGUCCACAAACUGUUGUCUGCAUUUGGAUGAAAUUAGACAAGAACCCAUUAAAUAAGGUACCAAACUCCUGAUUAUGUGCCCAAUUGUUUGCACUCUUUUUCUACUUAUGACAGUACUUGUUCACUACAGCAGCCUUUUUGUGGAAUGAUUUCAUUGCGUCUAGUUUCCUUAAUAAAGUGCUGAGUGACUUAGUAUGUGGAUUCUGUCAUCACAACAGCAUCUGCAAUCUCAGAUUCCAGAAGAUGGCUGAAUGCUAUUAUUAGACUGAUGCAUGUAUAGGGAAGACCAGUGCUGUGUUUCCAAGGGAUUCACAAGCAAUUUCAUCCUGCUGAGCAUUUUCCUAAAGAUGCAGUGUGUGUGUUCAGCUAAUUGGUUGGAGGUAUAUGUUUACAUUAAGACAUUUGACUUAAACAGUGUCUUUUAUUUAAACCAGUAGCAGCUAUCCUAUAGAGUAAGAAUAUCAGAACUAUUUUUAAAUUGCAAGCUGUGAAAGCCUUAACGUAUUAGAGGGGUUUCAGUUUUGGUCUUCUGUGCAUUUUGUCAGUCUGUAUUUUUUAAUUGCCAUCUCAGCUGAGACAGAUAAAGCCUUCACUGCUACUCGGGUGACCUAACUUUGACGAGUUGUUUAGGUGAUUGUCACAGCUGAUGUUGGGGAGGACAGGGAAUACAGGAAUGAAAACAUAUAAGCCUGCUAGGCUGUCUUGGGGGGGGGGGUCCAGGGAGUAUACCCCAUGGUAGAAUCCCAUCUGUAGAAACUGGGGAUCACAUUGAGGUGCUGUCUACAAGAGGGCAAGUCCAUGAUUACUUUAUGUGUGGAGUAUGAACAUCAUUUGCAAGGCCCAUUACAUGUCACCUCUUGGUUGCUGAGGACUUACAGGGUUAAACAAAGAAAACACCUGAAGGCUAACUGAAUGACUCUUCCUGCGAUUAGCUUCCAUCCCUGGGUAGUAGGGGACUGACUGACUACAGAGAAUUUGAUAACCGCCAUACUUGAGACAGAAGAAAAAACUUUUCAUGCAAUAAAUAUAGUGAAUUAUUUUUUUUCUGUUAUAUACCAUAGCAAAUGUAUUAUUUUUAUAAAGAAUAUUGUUUGCAGUAUCUCUAAAUAUUAUUAUGAAGAAAAUCAACUGUAUAGUGAGACAUUUAAAUACAGUACUAUGUACCAUAGCACAUGUAUCAGAGUCAAAAUUCACAGAAGGUCAAAAUGAAUAGAGUUAUUUUCUGUAUUUAUUUUCAUACUCUAUUUGCUAGUUGAGUGAUUUCAUAGCAAUGCAUAAAUAAGUCCCACAUGCUCCUGUCAAUCAUUUUUAGCUUCUACUUGCUAACUACAUUUGAAACUCAGUCCAACUCUGUGACUUGAAAUAUAUUCCAAACCUGUACAUUUAACAAUGCAAAAGAUCAGGACUUUCCCUUGUAAAUUAUUAGAUUGUGUGCCAGUUUGGAGUUACUCCAUUUUAUGCAUGCAUGCACUUUUGCGUGUUUUAUCUGUCAAAUAGCAUAAAUGAACUUUUUAUGGCACUGAGAAGAACUGUUUGUCUAAAUGAAAGAUAAAAUUACCUCACUCAUGCAUGCUUUUAUGAAAUUAAUUAAAAUAGUUGUAGAAGUUGACCAUGUCUUAUGAAGGUAAACUGUAAUUCACUUUCACCAUCUGCACUAAGCACCUUGGUCUGUAUUCAUAAAAUAGUUUUCUGAGGCACUAAGUAAUGGCAUGGUAUUCGUGAAACACUUUUUUUUCCUUUUCAGUUUGAUUCAGAGCCACUGCUUUGGAGUAAAGCACAAUAACCAUAUUUUCAAAGAAGAAAGUAAAAUUGACAGUUAAAAUUAUGAAUACCAGGGUAAAAUAAAACUAAAAAAGUGUUCCAUGAAUAAUAAAGGUUUUUGAAUACAUUCUUUUGUCACAAAUUCUGUACAGAUUACUAAUGCAUAUAAUAAAUUAAAAGAUUAUCUCUAAAAUGAUUGGCUGGAAAUGUGCAAUAAACACAACAAAUGUAAUGUC